GAGCAGGCAGAGGUGCGUCCAGUCUGCUGGCAUCAGUGGACUUUCAGUGUGUGACUGUUGAAGCCAAACAGCCUGCGCGGUGCAGAGUUUGAUAAGCUGAAAAGCUUUCACGGUUUUUUUCCCGUUUGUGCUGAAAUCAAACUUUGGACAUAUUACUGUUUUUUUUUUAAACUAAGGGUGCCUUCACUGACUGCAUGAAAUAGCGUGUAUAUUUGGAGCUUUUUGAAGCGACCAGCUUGUUGUUUAAUAUGACCGCUGAGGCGCACUCACAUUUGGGACUGCAGAAAAACACCAUGGACUUCGUCAGCGACUUCGACUUGAUGAAGUUCGGCGUCAAGAAGGAGGCAGUGCAGGGGAUAGACAGGUCCUUCAUCGGGCCCUGCAGCCAGCUCCAGAGACCAGACUCCGUUUCCUCCACCCCUGGCAGCACACCUUGCAACUCAGUACCCUCAUCGCCAAACCUCAAUCCGAACGAGCAGAGAAAUAACCCCGGGGGAAACCACUUCUGGAUACCCAACAACGGGGGUUACCCUCAGCAGAUGUACCCCGAAAGUUUUGGUCUGACACCCGAGGACGCAAUGGAGGCCCUAAUCGGCGCCACGGGGCAACAGGGACAUCCAUCUGCGCCCCACGGUCACCAUCCGCCACCCUUCCAAGCUGAUUAUGAAGGGUACGGCCACCUGAACGAGCCUGUCCAGCACUAUCCGGGACUGCCGGGUCACCCCGACAUGCAAGGCAUCCCCAGCAGUCACUGCCAAGACCCUUAUCUGAAAGAUGACAUGGGGUGCGCGUCCCCCCAGUCGCCGGAGACCCAGCAGAUCCUCAGUGAGCACCAGCUCCUCCAACAACCGCACAGCCGCCACGACAGGCGAUCCAACGCCGAAGCUCACUUCUCAGACGAACAGCUGGUGUCCAUGUCCGUCAGGGAGCUCAACCGGCUCCUCAGAGGCCUCAGCAAGGACGAGGUGAUGCGCCUGAAGCAGAAGCGCCGGACCCUGAAAAACAGAGGUUAUGCACAGUCCUGUCGCUUCAAGCGCGUCCAGCAGAAACAUAUUUUGGAGCACGAAAAGACCAGCCUGGUGUCACAGGUCGAGCAGCUGAAACACGAACUGAACAGGCUGAUCCGGGAGAGGGAUGCAUACAAACUCAAAUGCGAGAAACUGUCCGGUGCAAACUGUUACCACGAAACUGGCUCGACCAGUGACAGUCCUUCCUCACCCGAGUAUUUAAUGUGAGUUUGUUAAUUUCCUGCAGAACUGAUUCUUCUCCAUAGGGACGCAUUGUGUUGACAGCUCAACUUGCUCCUUUGCAAACAGUCCCACGGAUUCCCCAAGUUCUAUGCUAAUUAGUGUUGGACUUAAAGAUAUCACUCAAAUAAAUGUAGUAGAUACAACUAGGCAGGUUGUGAAUGGAAAAUUUCCAAUGGAGCAUGCAUGCAGGACAUGUAUGAGAUGUUUUUAUUUUAUACAGACAUAUCUGUAUUUUGUCUGAAAGACUGAAAGAUACUUGAAAUCAGAGAAUAUUCCCUUUUUAUGAAUAUACAAUUUUAAUUCUGCCCGUUCAGUUACUGCUCAGUCCUCAUUUUGGUGAUUUUUGCUUUGCUUAGUUUUUGUAGCUCAAAUUAUAUUUUGUGUUUCACGCUUCCUUAAAAUAGAAAACUGGAAUACUGAAAGGAAUGAAUGCUCGAGAUGACAUUUCGGUUAUUUUUAUGAAGCUGAUUCUGCUGGACAGACGUGUUCAUUAUUUGCUUUUCUUUUUAAGAUAAUAUAUAAUUAUGCAAAUUGUUUCUCAUCUACUAUGUUUUUCAUUUACUGUGGAUCAAUAAACCUGUUGUGACUUUUUAAAGUUGUGUCUCAUCUACUGAUGGAAUUACUAUUUGACAAAAAAAAAAACAAAACGAUGAAACAUUUACCUCACGCG